UUGUGUUUUGCAUCAUGCAUGCCAUGUGUUGAAACAGCCCUAAAUCUUUCUUUUAUCUUCUCGGGUCGAGGUCGCUUCAGGAAGGGCAUGUUGGGCAGCGGUUCCAGGGUGAUGGGGGCGGCACGUCGCCUCCGCUGCCUCAAACUCACACAGCAGCAAAACCACCAAAGACUGCUGCGGCCAGGUUGCGGCGCCCUUUCACUUGUCAGGGGCAAAAAGGACGACUCGUCCUUUUCGCACCUUUUCGUGCCGGUGCCGGUAAAGCCGAGUAGCGACGACAUCAACGUCGGCGCCGAACUGACCGGCGCCGAAAUCCACAAGGACGACCUGCUGAAGGUGCUCAACAAAUUCUACCAGCGCAAGGAAAUUAAAACCCUGGCCAAGGAGCAUGGUCUCGACCAUCACUUGAUGCACCAGGCGUACAUCAGCUUUCGAAGGUACUGUCUGGAGGCGACGGCCCUGCCACCAGACCUGCACAUAAUCCUGGCUGACAUUCUUCAGGGCGCCGGUUCUGUGGACAGCAUUUUCCCCUAUUUCCUGCGCCACGCCAGGACCGCCUUUCCGCACCUCGAGUGUAUGGACGACCUGAGGAAGAUCAGUGAUCUGAGAACACCUGCCAAUUGGUACCCAGAAGCAAGGCGCCUAACUCGAAAGGUCAUUUUUCACGCGGGUCCAACUAAUAGUGGCAAGACGUACCACGCCCUUGAGAGGUUUAUGAGCGCCAAGUCAGGUGUCUACUGUGGGCCCCUAAAAAUGCUAGCUGUUGAAGUUUUCAACAAAUGCAAUGCUAAGGGGACUCCGUGUGAUCUUGUAACUGGCGAAGAAAGGAGGGCUGGGAAUGCUGAUGGUUCUCAGGCAAACCACGUAGCCUGCACAGUCGAAAUGACAUCAAUAAACCAACACUUUGAGGUGGCAGUGAUCGACGAAAUUCAAAUGAUGAAGGAUGACCAGAGAGGCUGGGCAUGGUCCAGAGCUCUGCUAGGAGUUCAGGCAGACGAAAUCCAUGUGUGCGGCGAACCUGGUACUGCAGAGUUGCUCCAAGGGCUGCUCAACACCACUGGCGAGGAUCUCGAAAUUAGAAAUUACAAGAGAUUGACUCAAUUGGAGGUGGAGACGACAGCCCUUGGCACCUUAGACAAUGUGCUUCCUGGCGACUGUAUCGUCUGUUUUAGCAAAAAUGACAUUUACUCUGUGUCGAGGCAAAUCGAAGCUCUUGGCCGGGAGGUGGCCGUCAUUUACGGAGGUCUGCCUCCGGGAACGAAACUAGCGCAGGCUUCUAAGUUCAAUGACCCUAGCAAUCCAUGCAAGGUAAUGGUUGCAACCGACGCCAUUGGAAUGGGUCUCAAUUUGAGCAUCAAACGAGUGAUUUUUUAUUCGUUGAUCAAACCAGUGGUGAAUGAGAAAGGAGAGAAGGAAAUGGACACAAUAUCAGUCUCCUCAGCAUUGCAAAUUGCCGGACGAGCCGGCCGGUAUGGAACAGAAUAUGAAAAUGGCAGAGUGACCACCUUCCGUCCAGACGAUCUGCCAAUUUUGAAGUCUCUUUUGUCACAAACCCCAGAACCCAUCAAAAAAGCAGGCCUGCAUCCAACUGCCGACCAAAUUGAACUGUACGCGUACCACUUGCCGAACAGUGCUCUUUCCAAUUUAAUGGACAUUUUUGUAACUCUUUCCACGGUGGACGACUCGCUUUACUUCAUAUGCAACAUUGAGGACUUCAAAUUCCUUGCUGACAUGAUUCAACACGUGCCUCUUCCAUUGCGUGCAAGAUAUGUUUUCUGUUGUGCUCCAAUCAACAAAAAAAUGCCCUUUGUCUGCACCAUGUUUCUUAAAUAUUCCCGUCAGUACAGUAAAAACGAGGCUAUCACUUUCGACUGGUUGUGCCGCCACAUAGGCUGGCCAUUUUCAGCGCCGCGCACAAUUGUUGAUCUUGUACACUUGGAGGCAGUUUUUGACGUACUCGAUCUCUACCUGUGGCUCAGCUAUCGAUUCAUGGAUCUGUUUCCUGACGCGGCCCUUGUUCGAGACAUGCAGAAUGAAUUAGACUUGAUCAUCCAACAGGGCGUAUUCCAAUUAACUAGACUGUUGAAAAAUUCUGAGCAGAGUGGAGACGAAGAUCAGUUUACCAUGUCCAGAUACAAGAAUAAAAGAAUAAAAGCCAAAGUCAGUGAUGAUGGACCUAGUUUGCCAACAGGUCGUUUGACCGACAGAUUAUUGGCGCAAGGCCUCCUCACUCCAAACAUGCUGCAGGAGUUGCAAAAGGAAUGGAACCAGAAAAAAAGCAAAGGAGUAAAAGAAGAUGAGGACAUUUUAAAUACGUCUGUAAAAAGAGGACGAAAGAAGAAAACAAAAUCCACCCUUAGGGACGAAGAUCUAUGAAAAACGUGUGUAUUGUCAAAUAUUAAAAUGUUCUCAAAAUUAGUGUAAAAAGGAGCAGUCACUGCCAAAAAUGAUAACCAAAUCAUUAAAAUGUCAAAAGAAAAUUGAAAAA